AUGGACUCAGAAAACGCAUCUUGCGUGGGCCUUUUAAGUGGGGAUGAUAUGGUGAAGCAUCACACUGAGAUCUACGAAUUGCAUUCUAAAUUUAAUCGCCUUGUAUCACUAGAAGAACUGGAUGAACCACGACGGGAAGAUUUAGCACAAAUGAAAGAUCAACUUCAUCGAUUAUUAUUACAAGAACGAGUGAAUAAAUCUGAAAGCAUUUCGGAAGGUGUUUGGGAAAAUGAUAAACGUCGUAUACGCAUAAUCCAAGUGGAAGGAAAAUGGUUGUCUUAUGGGUACGAAGACUCCACAGGCAAAUUCCUGGAAUGUUAUGAAGCCUUGUUUCUCAUGGAAAUGAACCGAUUAUUGGUAAAGUGGAAUGGUAUUGUAGUAUCUAUCGAACAAGCCUACAGCUUGUUUCUUGGUCAACCCGGUUCUCUUACGUUAGAGGAGUACCAGGUGUACUCUAUUUUGAACCGUUCGAGUUACUACGUGUUGCGGUAUAAUCCUACCCGCAAAUACCACACUCCUGUUAGCGAUUCGCUUUCCGCCGAGGAACGGUGCGUGUGGGGAAAUUUGUAUGACAUGCUCAAUCAACCUAAUCCACGAGAAACGUUUUCAACUAAAGUAGAUGCAAAAUUGUAUGAAUCCGUAAGGAGGUCAAUGGAAGAUUUCAAGAAUAUGAUCUCCAAGCCAUCCAUGUCAAACUAUGAACAGACAUUCGCUCAUUGUUCUAGUGAACCAAUCCCCAAAAAGCAAAAAUUCGACUGUUCGGCAUCAUCUGAUCAUUAUGAUGGGUUUAAAAUGAUUGCACAAUUCAGACGUAUGUUCAAUAGGUUCGACAUUGUGCGUAGCUUAACUGAAGAAAAAAAUCACCUCACUCCUUUUGUGGAGAAUGUAGAACCAACAUUCGAUCUAUUUGCUCCGGAAUUGCACACAUUUAAAAAAUCGCUCCCGCCUCUACCGUUGGCGCGAAUUUUUGUUCGAAGGUCAUCAGAAACGAUGUUACAUUUUAAACAACUUUAUACGUUUUAUCAACAACAAAUCCACUCAAUUCCGGUAAUGCUUAUGCUAAUUUCGGAUGCAUUGACGGUGCACUGCUUUCUAUAUGAUAUGAGACAAGUUCCUUACAACGUAAUCGUUUUGCAAGACGAUUCCUCAGCAUCAAAACGAAAUCGUCCAAAAUAA